AGGGUGUGCGCAUGGUGGGGCGGGGCGGGGAUGGGGGUCUGGGAGUGACAGAGGAGAGAUGUUUGGGUGCGUUGAUACUACUAGACUGACAAAACGCUCGAGCAUCUUUUUCUACAAGCUCCCAACUGGGAUCGUUUCCUCCCCCUCCCCCUCUACCUUCCCCAUUAUAAUAGAUUAAAGAGCCUGGUUUACUCCAUUUCCUCUGGAGGGUGACUGCUCUACUUUUUCCUCCGUUCUUUGAAAAGCUCUGAUCUCCCCGAGGCUGGCUGUCGACCUUUUUGCUUUAAUGCACCAGCCUGUGAGAGGAAACCUCGCUCAUCUCCGCACCCGGGAAACACGUAUCGACUAUGCCUUGAACAGCCCGAGGCUCUCCUCACUUGCCUCUGGCUCCCCGCCGUCUUAGACGUCGUUAUUCUGGGUUGUGGCCUUCUGCCACCUCCCCGAAGCAACUAGAUUGAGGGAAGUUUUGGGGAGGGGAGGGGGAAAUUCCUCUGAGAUAAAAUGUUCGCUUCCAAAUCCAAUUCGGUUUCUCCCUCCCCUUCCAUGGAACAGGCAGAUGCCGAUGCCCUGGACAUCAGCACCAAAGUGCAGCUGUAUGGUGUACUCUGGAAGAGACCCUUUGGGAGGCAGUCAGCCAAGUGGUCGAGAAGGUUUUUCAUCAUCAAAGAGAGUUUUCUGCUUUACUAUUCUGAAAGUGAAAAGAAAAACUUUGAAACCAAUAAAUAUUUCAACAUCCAUCCUAAGGGUGUCAUACCUCUAGGGGGCUGUCUUGUGGAAGCCAAAGAAGAACCCAAUAUGCCCUAUGCCAUGAAGAUCUCUCACCAAGAUUUCCAUGGCAACAUCGUGCUGGCUGCAGAGUCAGAAUUUGAACAGAUCCAGUGGCUAGAGAUGUUGCGAGAGUCUGGCAAAGUAACUUGGAAGAACGCCCAGCUGGGAGAAGCCAUGAUCAAGAGUCUAGAGACCCAGGGUCUGCAGUUGGCCAAGGAGAAGCAAGAAUAUUUAGACAAACUGAUGGAAGAAACAGAAGAGCUGUGUCUUCAGAGAGAGCAGAGAGAGGAGCUUGAGCGACUCAACCAGAUCCUAGAGGCUGAGAAGCAACAGUUUGAGGAAGUGGUCCAGGAGCUGAGGAUGGAGCAGGAACAAAUCAAGAGGGAGUUGGAGUUGACAGCAAGAUGCCUCAAGGGAGUGGAGCAAGAGAAGAAAGAACUGAGGAACCUCACUGAAUCCUUACAACAGACACUGGAAGAACUCUCCAUAGAGAAGAAAAGGACCUUGGAGAUGCUACAGGAGAAUGAGAACCAGCCAGAGGUUCUGGCCAAUCAGAGUGAGCAGCCCCACCCCAGUGGGGGUCUACAUUGCAACCUGCGGCAGAUUGAGGAGAAGAUGCAACAGCUUCUGGAGGAGAAACUUCUUGCAGAGAAGAGGAUGAAGGAGAAUGAAGAGAGAUCUCGGGCUUUGGAGGAGGAGAGGGAAUUCUAUUCCAGCCAGUCACAGGCUCUUCAGAACUCUCUACAGGAGCUAACAGAGGAGAAGCAGCAAACAGAGAGGGACCUCAAGGCUGAGGUCAAGGUCCGAAUGGACCUGGAGAAGAGGCUUCGGGAGGCAGAAGGAGCCCUGCGGAGCCUGGAACAAGGGCUCAACUCCAAGGUUCGCAACAAAGAGAAAGAAGAGAAGAUGAGGGCUGAUGUCAGCCACCUGAAAAGGUUCUUUGAGGAGUGCAUACGGAAUGCUGAGCUGGAAGCCAAGAUGCCGGUCAUCAUGAAGAAUUCAGUGUACAUUCACAAGGCUGCUACCCGUCGGAUCAAAAGCUGUCGUUUCCAUCGCAGGAGAUCUAGCACAUCCUGGAACGACAUGAAACCUUCCCAAUCAUUCAUGACAUCCCAGCUGGAGGCCAACAGCAUUGAGGAGCUCAAAGAAGUGGCCAAGAGACUGAGUCGGGACCAGCGCUUCCGGGAGUCCAUUUACCAAAUUAUGGUGUCACAGCCUGGCCCCACUCCUGCCCUGCCCCGGGGAGGGAAGUGAUCUACUGUCUGACAUCCCAUUCCUCCAUCCCAGGAGGGACAGGAAGGUCAGCCUCCUUGCUCUGUCUCCAUUUUGGUCAGGAGCACCUUUCUCUCAUUGUGGGGAAUUCCCUCCAUUAGUAAUAUCACUCUUCCCCAUGAAGGACAAUGGUAUAUAUGUACGUCAUUUCCCCAAGUCUUCCUAUCCCCUGGUUAGUUUUUCUGAUCUUAGAUUAGUUGGUCUGAUCUUUGCCCCUGCCUGUGUACUAACUCUUUCCUGAAGGGAGCCAAUCGCAUGGUAAGGUAGCCUUGGUGUGUGUGUGUGUGUGUGUGUGUGUGUGUGUGUGUAAGGGGGUAAGGGGGUUGAGGGAAUAGUUCCCAUUUUUGCUACCUGCUGACUAUAAGUGAAGGAGUUAUACCAGUACCUGCUACUUACCUGCUAUCCUCAAUGAAUUUCCUCUCUGCCUCCAUGCUGCAGAAAUAUAUCCAAUCAGACAUGCAGGAGCUUGCUAUCUCUAUAUUUUCUCUGCACUAUACCUACAUCCCUUCCUGCCUCUUCUUUCCUCUUCCUCUCCUUUAUUCUGUCAACCUCUCUGUCUUCAUGCCUUCCUAUUCAUACUGUGUCCCUUUCCUGUAACUCAAUGAGGACUUUCCUGCCACUUUGAAUGCUUCCUGGUGCUAGAUUUUCCCCAGUCUACUCAGGGGCUGACAGUUCUUUGCCAUGGGUCCCUUACUCUAAGCCAUAAAUGCCAAAUAGGGGCCUCUGAGGUUCUUGGCUCACUCCCAUGUGCUCAGGCAUAGAAUCACCUCUCACCAAAUACUCAAGGACUACAGGUCGGUAGAUAGUCCUCCAUGGUGGCCUCUGCAUUACUUGGGUCACCAGCUGAGCCCAGCAAACCUAGACUAAUACUCUCUGAAACUGUCUGAGACCAAGGGAAUCAACCUUGCUUAUUGAAUGGGCAGGAAUGUUCUUGUUGGAUAUGGAAACAGAAAAGGAGUCAUAAGAGGUGCCAUUAUUUGGAGGAAGUUAGGUCCAGAAGGUAGGAGGAGGUGGCUUCUGCAUUAUAAAUCCUCAUCAUUGCCUCUAAGUUUUUCUCAUUUACAUCAUUUUAUGAUGGGAAAGUUGAGAUAUAAAAGUCUGGUCUCUAAAGAAACUCCUCCGGGGCCAUGUUGGAUCAGAGGUCUAAACUGCCAAAUCCAUGUGUCCACAAGGAUAUUUAUCUUCUCAUGUCUAUUACUUUUUUGACUCAUGAACAGAAAUGUAAAGCCAAAUCUGACCUCAGAGGUCAUUUAGUCCCACUUGGAAUCAGAGAGGGUAAGUCAUUUGUCCAAGGUCUCACUGUUAGUUAAGUGUCGGGGGUAGGAUUUGAACCUAGGUCCUCAAACUCUAGAGCCAGCGGUCUUUUCUAGUAUGCUAUAAUGUAUCCCAAACUACAAGAACGUGUCUCUUUAUAGAUUCUGGCUCAUAAAGGCUGGUCCCACAAAAAUUACCCUAUCAUCCCUUGAAAAUGAGGAGGCUAAGCCAGGGAUAUGAGUCCUUGUCUGGAAUGUGUCAUUUGUUGUCCAAAAGAAUCUAAAACCUGGUUGUACUUGUAGCUUCCAUGGCUCCUUCUUUUCAAAGACCACCCCCCAAGUAAAGAAUGAUUCAAGCAAUCAGGAAGAUAGAUGAUAAUGGAGGUGCAGAAUCUCUGGUAUUGAGAAUCACCAAGUGAAGAAGAUGUGCUGAAUGCCAGGAAAUCAGACUAAUGACCUUGGCACGAUAACAGCCAAAACAGACAAUGUUGAUCUAUUUUCUUAUUCUCUAGAGCUUCAGAAUCUUCCCUGGAUCAGAGGAUGAUUUUCCAGUCACAUGCACAUGCCCACCACUGGUCCAGAUAAAGCCCAGGGCCUCUGGCUCCUCUCCUUAGUGCAGUUUCCCUUGGUUAGGCUAACUCAAACAGUUCUCUCUUUGUGAUGGGGACCUAGCCAACCUCUUCAAAUUCCUGGCAGGAGUUGGCUCAGAAAUAAACUGAACAAAGACAAUCAGAAAAAUCUACAUGGGAUUUAAACCUGCACAAACCUGAAACUAACACAUCCCCUGUGCAGGGUCAGUGGGCUUUGAAAAUGGGAAUGUCAAGGACAUUUUUUUUUAAAUAAAAAGAAAGGGAUUUAAAAUUUGAAAAAGUUAAAAGAAUUAAUACAUUGCUCUUGAGGAAAUACUUUUUGGAGAUUUCCACAUGUAUUUUUUUUCCAGGCAAGAAAGUAAUAAGAGCAUAAAGGAAAAUGAAAAAAUUUUUCUGGGCUUAGGAACCAGCCUUAUUACUUAUUUUUCUAUCCUAAUUUCUUCAUGUGCAGUACACUUUCCAUUGACCAAACCAGACAGAAAUGUCUUCUGUUAAAUCAAUCAACCUAACAAAAUAUUUAUGGAAAGAGUGAAAAAUCCAAUCCCCUGGGAGGAAAAAAUUGUCCAGUUAGAGCCUUAUGGUCUGCUGUUUUGUUUUGUUUUUAACCCUUAUCUUCUGUCUUAGAAUCAAUACCCACGAGUUGGUUCCAAGGCAGAUGAGCAGUAAUGGCUAGGUAAAUGGGGUUAGGUGACUUGCCCAGGAUCACACAGCUAGGGAGUGUCUAAGGUCAGAUUUGAACCCAGAACUUCCUGUCUUCAGGCUUGGCUCUCUAUCUCCUGAGCCACCUAGGUGCCCCUAGACUGGUUUUUCAUUUUUAAAAGCAAAAAUAUUUCUUGGCCAAAACACAGGUCAAAAAGUAGUGCUAAAAGGUAGUCAGGGGUGAUUGCUGUUAGAAUGCUUUUCCCUGUAGGCUACAUGCAAACUUAGCCCUCUCCCAUAUCUCCCAAAAAACCAUGUAUAUAUUUUGUACCACAGUGCUGGGCUGGCCCCUUAGCACAUUCUUUUUUUUUUUUUGACUCUGUCUUAUAUGAUCCUCCCCACUACUCAUUUCAUUAUCUGCGCCCAGUCCCUGAGGUCCUCGAUGUCUCUGUGUAAGAAGGGUACACAGCAGAGACCUUUUCCUAUCAGGGAGAAGGCCAGAGGGAAAGAAAGGGCUGACCCGUCUGUCAGCACGCCAUCUGAGCACCACUCGUCUCCACCUGGCCGAAAAAGACAUUUAAUAUAGAAAACACAAAAUUCCGUACCGAGUUUUGGGCUCUUUCCAUCCCCACGGCAGGAGGGACCAUCAUCCUCUUUGUUCUUUCAGUAGCUGACUGGCUCAGAAUGGUUCCAACUUUGCAGAGAUAAGCUUUUUUUGAGCCACUGAGAAUUAAACUCCCUAUUUCAAUCUGC